GAAGGAGUGAUGGCGGCUCAAGCUCGCGCUGUGGCGCUGUGCUCGCGCGAUCGGCAAGAACGCGAGCGCAAGAGAUCAUCUCAACAGCUACCAGCGGAUCUCGUACCGCGAGCGAUGGCGAGAGAGUGUCUUCGAGCUCGCGCUGUGACGAUUGUCGGCAAGAACGCGAGAGAAAGAGAUAAUCUCACAGAAGUCAAGCUGUUCUAUCAGCCGUGGCGUGGACUAGCGAAUCUCGUGGAAGAAAAAGGCCGUAGGUCUGUCAAGAGUUAUUUUUUUCUCUUUGUCGAGCCAAGAUCUAAUUGGCAUAUCUUUGAUUGUCUGUUUUCUUUGCACGAGCUUGGCGGACGCAUGAAGAUAGAUAGAGCUCCCAAAUUCUAUCGAGCUGCAAACUUUGAUUAAGCAAAAGAGAAAGAGGCCGAAUGGACCUGGGAAAAUAAAGAAAGGCAUCGCGAUCGUGCCACACCUGUCGUUUGCCAGAGAAAGACGGGGAGAUAUGAGAGGAAAAAACUUUUUUGCGGCAUUAACAUCUUCUACCAAACGAGACGCUGUCCAGACCCACUUUUGACAAAUUUCGGAAAGUCAGCCGAGACACGGCUAGCACUCAAUGGUGCUCCGCAAAGAUAUGGUUGCAGAAAUUAUCCAGGUACGAGCGCGCACUCCCUCUAUCAACUUGAGAGGAAUUUCCUGCUUAAAUCUUGCUCACCCAUGUUUUUUUUCUCUCCAGACAAUCCGAGUUUGUUGAUCCGAAGUUCUAUCCCAGCGGGUCUCUUUAGAGGAAGGAAGAAAGAAGAGCGAAAGAAGAAUGGUACGAUUCCCUCCACCAGCAGCAGCAGCAGCAGCAGCAUAUCUUCUGUUUCUAUUCACUACCAGUAGCUUUGUUCUCGGCAAAAGGUAUGAGCUAUCGCCCGGCUGGACUGCUGUGAACAACGAGAGCUUGAAAGGGGCUGGAAGCGAUGGCGGUUCUAGCUAUCGGAUUUUAAGAGCUGGGGAGGAUCCUAUAGUCAGUGACAAUGGAAGCUUUAGCUUGGCCUUCUACGACCCCCAGGGAACGAACAGAUACUUCCUGUGUGUGCUGCUAAACGUUGGGAAAUCCAAGCCAGCUCCAGCCUCUCUCGUGGUUCCAAUCUGGAUUGCAAACUCCAACUCGUCAUUCUCCGGCAAGGCAACUCUGAUGCUCACAGGAACACACAAAAAGUUCAUACUUCUCGACUCCACCGGGACUUUGAAGUGGAGUAGCGGUAGCGUGGUCGGAAUCUCCAGCUUGGAGCUCGAUGAGACAGGGAACCUGAUGCUGAUCAGCGAAGAUGGCAGCGUUCUCUGGCAGAGCUUCGAGCACCCGACGAAUGUUCUCGUUCCAGGACAGACUUUGCGGCCGGGAAUGUCGAUCACAAGCGUCAACUCGAGCUCCCAGCAGCCGGGACCGUUUAGAGGCACUAUGGAAGCGAGUGGCUUCGUGUUCUACGUUCUUCCAGAGACGGAGCCGACCAUGGCCGAUAUGCUUCGCAAGCCGCAGCCGUAUCAGGUGUGGAGCGUCGGUUCUAGCAGCAGCAGCCUCGAAUCCGCCUUGAAAGUUUGCGACUCUUCCAAGGCGGUGAUGGCCGUGACAAGCAGCGGCAUCGUGAUCUCCUACGAGCGUUCCAGCAGCGGCGAGUGUGGCGGCGAUGGGAAAUCCUUACAGGUGUAUAGAAACGACGAGGAUACAGCAGCGGAGAGCCAGUACUGGAAGCUCGAGGAAAAUGGCGACUUUGUUCUUCGCGGGUUCCACGAGCGGGAGCAAAACUGGGCGACGGUGUUCGCUCUCUCGACCCGGGCCAACGAUUCGUGCAAGCACCCGACCGCGUGUGGGAGCUACGGGCUUUGCAACAGCCAGGGGAAAUGCCAGUGCGUGGGAAACGAAGAACUGGACGAUCACACCUCGCACUCUUGCGGCGCUCCGUCCGGCGUCUCGGCCUCUUGCCUCGCGAACGAGGCCGCGAACCACCACUUCGUGAAGAUCCCCUCCGCGACUUACUUCUCCAACGCGUUCUCCCGGCCGGAUCUCCGCAGCUCGUCGCUGGAGGAUUGCUCCGCCGCGUGCGCGUCCAAUUGCUCCUGCGCCGCCGCGUUCUUCAGCCGGAGCGGCGGCGGCGAUUGCUUCCUGGUGGACGAGGUCAUGGGCAGCUUGAGCUUGGUUGGGGGCGGCGCUGGAGCGGAGGAGGGGGAUUACACGGCGCUGGUGAAGAUCCAAAACGCGCAGCUCAUCUCGGCGCCACUGUCCGCUAGCCGGGGGAAGGGGACGAGCAAAUCCGCGCGGACUGCCAUCAUCUUCCUGGCGGUGCUGUGCGGUGUUCUAGCGGUGAUGCUGGCGGCGGGCGGCUACAUUAUCAAGAUCAAAUAUCCCCACGCUUACAACAAGAUGAUGAGGAGGUCGUGAUCGACGUGAUUUUCAAAUUUAAAUGUCAGAAUAUGCUCUAGGGGUUUGAGGUGGCAGUCACAAGCUGACAUGUCUGAUGA